AUGAAGGUGGAGGCUGAUACCUUUGUGGUGACUCCUACUGAUGAGGAAAGGGACCAUGCUGAACCAGAACCUGAAAGUGACCACCAGCUGCUGUUGAACAACUUUUAUGCAGCUGAGAGCCAAGAUCAGAAAGGAUACGAGCAUGAAGACUCUACUAGAGAUGCAGAGACAGAACAAAACGAUCAACCACAUGAAAACAGAAGUCAGAGUAACAUCGUGUGCAACCCUAACUUGUCAGGGGCUGACAGUAAUGCUCACCCAGGCAAACACUCUUUGAAAUGUGACAUUUGUGGUAAAGAUUUUAAGUACAAGUCAGGUUUACAGAAACAUACGAGAGUUCACACAGGUGAGAAGCCGUACCUUUGCAACGCCUGUGGGAAAAGAUUUCGUAACAUGGAAGGAUUAAGACAACAUCAAAGAACUCACACGGGUGAGAAGCCACAUAUUUGUACAACAUGUGGGAAAAAUUUCACACAGAAAAGUAACUUGACAGUCCACAUUAGACGAGCCCACACUGAUGAGAAGCCGUACCUUUGCAAUAUCUGUGGUAAAACAUUCCCUGACAUGUCAUCAUUGAAAUCGCAUCAGAGAAUUCACACAGGUGAGAAGCCAUAUACUUGCACAACAUGUGGGAAAGUGUUCGCACAGAGAAUUAGCUUGAAAGUACACAUUAGACAAAUUCACACUGGUGAGAGGCCGUACCUUUGUGAGAUCUGUGGGAAAAGAUUCGCUGUUGCGCGACAUCUAAAAGCACAUACAAUAACACACACCGGUGAGAAGCCGUAUGCUUGCACAAUAUGUGGAAAAGCGUAUGCACAUCGUGGUACCUUGAGAGAACACAUUAGAUGUAUUCACACUGGUGAGAAGCCGUACCUUUGCAAGAUCUGUGGAAAAGGAUUCAUUGUUCCGUCACUACUGAAAGCACAUACAGAAACUCACACAGGUAAGAAGCCAUAUGCCUGCAACAUGUGUGAGAAAAGAUACUUCUACAGGCAAGACUUAAAAGUACACAUGAAAAUCCAUACAGGUCAAUAGCUGUUUUCUUGCAAAACACAAGAGUUGUCACACAUAGUGGUGACUUCACAGUCCAUGAGAAGAACCAACACUGGUGAGAAACUAUUGAAAUAUUUGGCAAAUAGUAUAAGUUGCAGAUGAGACACUUUGUAUUUGCAAAACGUGUGGGAGACAGUUCAGUUCCGGUGGUUCGUGGUCGGAACAGAAGAAUUCACAGAAGUGAGGAGCUACAUAAUUACAGCAGUUUUGGGAAAAGUUUUACUCAAAUCACAUUCUUUAAAAAAACACCUGAGGAUCAAUAUACACACUCCUGUAGAGACAUGUUCACAAACUGAAAGAAAUAUGUUUGUACAGAAACUAUAUCUAUGUUCCUGAAUGUAAAAUGGUAUCAACAAAGUUGGAAUGUAAAUACCCUAAUGUAAAGUUUCCAAGUCAGACAUGUGAGGUGAAUGCCAACACUAUUUUAUAUGGCCACAUGAGAAGUCCUGUUGAAUGUAAAUGUACCUUCUUUUUGCUAUUUUAUUCUGUAUACUACCUCACUGUGCCUUAUUUUAAAGCUAAAUUGAAUUAUCAGAACUUUUGAAAGGUUUCUUGAUAUAUGUACACAUACACUGAAAUAAAUAUUUACAAAGUA